CGCCGAUUUCAAGUUUUGAAACGAUGCAUUUGCGAAGAAGGGAAGGGAGGGAGAAGGCGCGCUCCAGCCGGACAAUUGGUUGGCAGUGGUGCGAGCAGGGCGAUAGAAGACGUUCAUACUCGCAUGCCGUGUUCUCUGACCAACUGCACUAGGGGUAAUUCUAGGAUCUAGGAUCUAGGGCUGGGCUUGUGGAUUUUUAAUGUGUUGAGAGAUAAAGAGGAGGCAGGAGGCACGUUUUGGACCUUAACAAGCAGGCAUCGGAGUGCCAAGCGGCCCUUGCUGAUUGCAGCUUGCUAGAUGAUGGCAGGGACAGAAGCAUCCACCAUGGACAUAUUCCAGGAAGACAUUGUCCAAGAUGGGGGCAUAGAUCCUGCAUAUGAAUUCUGUGCACCAAAGUUUUUUGAUUUCAGCAAGCCAGACGGUGACUUGGACCAGGAAGCGAUGCAAGUAGACACAUGGUUUGAUAUGAAAACGGUGCCAGAUGAGAUAUCACCACAAGUUGCCGCCAAGAGGUCAAAGCAGAUGCACACAGGAAGCACAAAGCCCCUGACAAGGAGUGCAAUGAAGAUGAAAGCUGCAAAGACUCCAGCCAAAACUCCCCUGCAGGACAGGACCAAUAUGCAGGUCGCUCAUCCGCUCUCAUCCCCUGCCUAUGGCAAGUCAGCAGCAAAGGCAGCCCUUUCUCAGCAGAUCAUGGUAGAAGAGUCAGCAGGACACACACUUCUUCAAGGCUCCGAUAAGAAGACACCCGGUAGGAAGGAGGUUCUGGAAGCUUUGGCAGCUGAGCACAGACCCAUAACUCGAUCACUGGUGAAAGCAGGCAGAGACACAGACAUGCUGGAAGCGACCAUCGAGGAGGCCCAGAAGGCGCUGCUAACCCCGGAAAUGUUGCCUGCAAAGCGUCUAUACUCAGAGCUGCAGUGGAGCGAGCAGGCAGACAAGCAAGACACCCUAGUCACCGCUGUAAAUCCCGAAAGGCAAGGAGAGCCUUCUACGUCGGGUACCAGAGCUUUGACGGGAGCUGCAUCCCGGGUCAACGAGGAUCAGGAGAGGGCAAGGAAGAAGAGGAAGGUAUCCAAAGACCGACUUGAAGAGAUCCUUGGCUCGCGGGGGCCUGUCCUUCCACCCAGGUCUGCUGCACCUCUCACCAUCCCGCAUGAAGUCCACUUUGCCACCGAAGACAGAGCCCAUCUCCGUGGUGAAAGCCCAAUGGAGUUGCGGAAUGGCAAGUUCGUGUCGCUGGCCGAAAGUGUCCAGAAGUUCCAGAGCAAGACGCCCACGCGGUUCCACUCCAAGCCCCGCAACCAGGACCGCCCUCAACCUGGGGCCAAAGUCGAUCUUCCCCUGACCCGCCCAGUAGAGCCCCAGUUCUUGACUGCAACCAGGGUCCGGAUGACAAGGAUCAAAAGCUCAGCCGAGAUUGAGGAGGAGGAGCUGGCAGCCAUGCCCAAGUUCAAAGCCCGACCUUACAGCGACAAGGUACGGCGUGGUGAGAACCUGAGCAUUGCCAAGCCGGCCCAACUUCACGUCACCCAGCCAGAGGAGUUCCACCUCCUUACUGACGAACGUGCCAAGCUGCGCUCGCCCGCCGUCCCAACAGAAGAUGUGCGAGUCACCCGAGCCAUGGUGGUCCAGAAGGAGGCAUCUCAAGGCAAGUUCGACCCGCUUCGGCUUACCGUGCCAAAGUCGCCCCAGCUGACGACGGCGUACAGGGCUCGACCAGCAAGAGGCACGAGCUCCGAGGAAGCGGAGCUGGAAGAGAUUCUGAAGCACCCCAAGUUCAAGGCACGGCCGCUCGACCGGCGGGUGCUGGACAGCUGUGGCGAGAUGGGGGUGCCCAAAGUGGUCCCCGCUCCGACUACCAAGCCAGAGGGCUUCCAGCUGGCCACGGACAGCCGCCUGGGGAAGCAUCCAUCCGAGCUCCCUGAUCUGCCCGCUCGGAAGCGGCAGGCCCUGGCCCCGCUGACACGCGAGUACGAGCUGCGCCCACGAGCGCACGUCACCGAACCAGAGCCCUUCCCGCUCAGGACCGAGGACCGCGGGGCACAGAAGCGCGCCGACUUCAUGCAGCGCGUGGCUGCCCAGGAGGAGGCCGAGCGGCGCCAGCGGGAGCACGAGGCGCAGCCCCUGCCAUACACCACAGACUAUCCCGACAUCCCGAAGAAGCCGCCCACCAAGGAGCCGACGCAGCCGGAGCCGUUCCCGCUGGAGAGCGUGUGGCGGCACGAGGUGGAGGUGGCGGAGCGGCAGCGCCAGCUGGAGGAGCAGGCCCGGCGCGAGCGGCAGGCACACCAGUUCAAAGCGCAGCCGAACCUGUCGAAGGCGAUCCCGCCGUUUGUGCCCGCGCGCUCCAGCCUGCCCCUCACGGAGAGCCGGGACGUGCCGCUGGAGACGGAGCGACGCGCCAAGGAGCGAGCCGAGUUCGAUGCGGUGAUGGCGGAGAAGGAGAAGAUGGCGCAGGAGUACCGCCACGAGAUGCAGGAGCACGUCAAGGCCGUGGAGGAAGAGGAGUUGAAAGCGCUGCGCAAAGAGAUGGUUCCCAAGGCUCGCCCCGUCCCCAGCUUUGACAGGCCGUUCGUUCCUCAAAGGUCUACCAAGGAGCCGACCGUGCCCUUGUCUCCGCCCAUCACGCGUAAACAACACCGGGAUAUGGGGGGCACGCUUAGAUGAAGUGCGAAGCAGGGUUUACAUAACCUGAAACCAGACGAGGUGGACUGGAUUCGGUCGAAAUAGUUUGGGUAACGACUGGCACGGACGGCUUAAACGAUCUGAAACAUCCUAGAAACCCUCAGCUGAUUUGGUAACAGUUAGGUACAUCGACCUGACUAACUUUAUCCAUCUGCAUGAAGUGACUCGUGCUUCCUUUAUGCAAAACUUGUAAGCAUCAAGCACGCGAGUGCAUCCGGGAGAAGGAUUGCAAAGCAC